AUGGAGAAAAGGGGAUCUAACAGUAGCCUUGCCGUUAAUUCUGAAUCCGAUGAUGUCGAAGUCCUAGGGGAUGGCCGGGUCAAUCUUGGCAUGCGACACGUGUGGCGUGUAGCACAGCAAAUACCCCUGUUGAGAGACCAGGGGACACCAGAGGAUGGCAAUGUCAACGUGGAGCCACCACAUAUGAACAUAGUCAUUCAGGUUGUUGGUUCACGAGGCGACAUUCAGCCAUUUGUUGCGUUGGGGGUAGCUCUAAAAAGGGCAGGUCAUCGUGUUCGAGUUGCAACACAUGAGACAUUCCGUUCUUUCGUCCAGGACGUUGACCUCGAAUUCUUCAACAUUGGCGGUGAUCCAAAGAGAUUGAUGGCAUAUAUGGUAAAAAACCCCGGUCUUCUUCCCAGCAUGAAGGCCCUUCGAGAAGGCACUGUUCGCGAGAAGAAAGACGACAUACGUGAAAUCCUUGAAGGAUGCUGGAGAUCAUGUUUCGAGCCGGACGAAGGAGAAGACGACCAGGAUGUAACGCCGUUCCUUGCCAACGCCAUUAUUGCGAACCCUCCUUCGUUUGCACAUUUGCACUGUGCAGAAAAGCUAGGGAUCCCGCUUCAUCUGAUGUUUACGUCUCCCGCGUUGAUUCCAAAGCCUGAAGAUUGGGGGACAAGUAUAUCAGUAUCAGGCUUCUACUUCUUGCCGUUGGCUUCCGAUUACACUCCUCCUUCAAGCCUCCAAACAUUUCUUGGCGCAGGGAGUCCGCCAAUUUACAUCGGUUUUGGCUCGAUUGUCAUUGAUGACCCAAAGUCGCUCACGUUACUGCUCCUAGAGGCUGUGCAUCUCGCCGGGGUGAGAGCUAUCAUUUCAGCGGGCUGGAGCGGCUUAGGUGAUUUAGAUAUGCCACCUGAAAUACACAUGCUAGCGGAUUGUCCCCAUGAUUGGAUCUUUCAGCGCGUUUCAUGCGUGGUGCACCACGGAGGAGCCGGCACCACGGCAGCAGCGAUUGCAGCAGGAAAACCGUCAGUCGUCGUACCUUUCUUUGGGGAUCAACCUUUUUGGGGCAAUAUGAUUGCCAGAGCAGGAGCAGGGCCCGACCCAAUACCCUUCAAAAAUCUCACGGCCAUCAGACUUGCGGCCGCGAUCGAAACCGCACUCACGAGCUCUGUGCAAGCAAGGUCCCAUUUAUUGGGGGGUAUUGUCAAUGACGAAGACGGUGUUGAGGCUGGAAUCCGUUCAUUCUACAAACAGUUGAAUUUGUCGUUGUUACAGUGUUCAUUGACUCCGAUGAGCGCGGCGACUUGGCGAAUUCGGAAGACCAAUAUCAGACUCGGUUCAACUUCUUCCGCGUUGUUAGUAGACAUGGGUUUGCUUGACUUGGAGAAGCUCGAGUUUUACCAUAUUCAUGUUGGACCUCAGGAUCCCAUCUCUGGUAUGGCUCUGGCGAUGCUUGAUUCAGCUGGCUCAGCUCUUCAAGGCUUCGAGGACAUCGGCUCUUCAGUAACUAGGAACUUCAAAAGCAAGCCGAAGGCCCCUGGACACGAUCAUCGAUUCAGAGAUUCGAGAGCUGGAGUUUGUCUAAAAGGGAUGACCCGAAUCUCAGCCAGCCUAGUUCGCGCGCCGGUGCACAUAGUGGUGGCGCUGACAGAAGGCCUACACAACACCCCGAAGAUGUGGGGAGACCGCACAGUAAGACCACUGGAUGAUAUUCAAGAUCUCCCCAGCGGACUGAAAGCUGGUGGCAAGGAAAUGUGCUUUGGUCCUUACGACGGAGUGUCGAACCUAGGCACACAUCUUGUUUCUAAUGCUCGGGACCAUCUCACCUAUCCUUUAGGAGGCUUGGACGCCGAGGUUUCUCAGUGGUUUGCCCGGAGAUACGUAUCAACGAUGGAUAUUCAAUUGGUGGAACAAGGCCGAAGCGAGUACGCGAAAUUGAGCAACGAGGAUCGCGCGAGCAUUGCCCACGAGUUUCGAGAAGCGACAUCGGGGGACUAA